GAAGAUCCGCGUUUGGCUCCGCACCUGGCGUUGAUGUGUUCAUCCUUCUGUUACCAUGCAGAUUCUCACCAAGAAUUUGUGCUGCAAGGGGGCGUUCGCCUGGUGAUCCAGAUGUACAGCAAGUCCAAGGUGGAGCAUGUGAGGCUCUGCUGCCUGCUGUGCCUGCUAUACCUGGCUGAGUCGGGGUCAUCGCAACGGGCCAUCGCACAGGAGAAGGGUGUGAAGAUGUUGUUGACGGCCUGCGAAAACGAGACCCACAUCGAUCUCAUCGUGAAUGCUCUGAAGGCCUUGAUCCCAUUCGCUUGCUCCGACGAAUUCCGGCCACAGCUGGGGAUGGACGGUGCUUUAGAUACCUUCUCCGCCUUCAUGUUCUCGGAUCAAUUGCAACUGCAGCAGCUGGGGAUCUAUUUGCUGCAAAACUUACUGGAAUUCCGAGAAAAUCGCCGGAUCUUUUUGGGUUUCUCAGAUGAGAAGAAGUGCGAAGAGGACUAUCUUGAGAGCUUGCUGCGCCUAUUACCACGUGUGUCGACUGGACAGCCGCAGCGAAUCAAAUCUAUGAAGAAGACCAAAGAGAAAAAGGAGCCAGAAGUUGUUCUCAGCGAUCACGAUCCCUUUGUUUGCAGGUGCUGCAUCCACUGCAUCGCUUUGUUAAGCCUGGAGCACAACUUGACGAGUUUCCAGCGCCUGGUUGAUCUCACCUUACCGAAACUUCUCUUCGACUUGUUUCACAGCGAGCAGAUCGACAAGUCCAGUGGCGAGGCGGUGGUGCUGUUCUUCGCCAACAUUUUGCAUAGCUCGAAGCAGAUCCAGGCGCAGAUUAUGAAGGGCGCGGACAUCGUGCAACUGCUUCUUUCUGGCCGCGACAUGCUGUUUUCACCUCACACGGUGUCAAGGUGUCUCUCUGCGUUGCUUUGCGUUGCUCGCAUUCCGGACUUCAAACGUGUCGUGCUAAGUCAUCUGGAUUUGCUGAUGGCUGACAUCAAUGCGAACCUGAACAUGGAGGAGCGAGAUGAACAUUUCUAUCAGAUCGCGGCCUUGCAGUGUGCGUUGCUGUCAGAACUGGUGCGUGCCUCCUAUGAAUAUCACGAGCAGAUGGCCAAGUCGGGAAUCGUUGAAGCGCUCUUGGUCUUCAUUACCAUGGCUGGAAAGGAUUUGAACGACAAAGUCUGUGUGGAGCUGUUGAUGGGUGCCGUCUUUGGCAUUGCAGCUUUGGUCGGUUCACCCACUGGUGGAGAGCAUAGUAUGGCGAGCCUCAUUUAUCCAGCCACCAGAUUGCAGCUGCUGAUGUCCCUACUUCGUUUGCCGCAAGCAGAUGUGAACGAGGCGUUCCAUUCUGGCACCGUGGGGCUGCGCACCCUGCAGCGGGUGAUCUAUCCGAACAUCACCACUGAGGAGCUCCAUGUGGAUUCCAUGGAUUUCCUGAGCUUUUUGGGAAACUGCGCCAUCAAACCUGCGAACUUCAUCUAUCGGAAUGUGAUCCGAACGGUGUGCCUCUUGUUGUCGCAUCACGAGAUGGGACCCAGGGUUCAGCAAGCCUUGGAGGCCAGUAAUGUGGUUCCAACGUGUUUGUUUGCCAUGAAGGACUGCGAAGACACCUACGUCCAGGUUUAUGGCUUCUUGCUGGUGGCCAAUUUCAGCCGAGACAAGUCCCUGCUGUACAACUUUCUGAACGAGUCCCAAGUCAUCAAUGAACUCCUGACCACCAUCCGCCGUUCUGCAGCACAUGCAAACGCGGCAGAGGUGGUGCCACCGGUGCGCGACACCUUGUCCAGUGUCACGGGGCCGUGGAGCAGCUCAGCCGUGGCGCGGAAUCGUGGCUUGGCGAACAAAAAAAUGAUGCCAGAG